UCACACUCAACAUGCUUACACUACAAUAAUACGCAAAAAAAAGUCUUAAAAAAUAAACACCAACACAAACACUCACCACACAUUAAAAACCUACAAAAAAAUCAAUUAAAAUUAGGAUAUUUGCAUUUUCGACCACAAAAUGAUGAAACGCAAUCGCGAUUCACAUUUACUGCGCAAAACAAUGCGCACUCGCUUCAAGAAGCUUGUGCGUCAUGUCUUAUUAAAUCUACAAUUUUUGGACGAAACCGAGGAUCAGGGUAUAUCCAUGAAUGUGAAGAAAAAUGUUGCAUUUUUGGUGAGACAAAAGCGAAAAACGGGCGUGCUAACCAUAGCGGAGAAAGCUUUACUGCGCGCCAAGCACAGCACGCGUACCAUAGAGGAACGCAAGCGACUUUGCAUGAUUAUAGCGACUCAGCCUUGCUUUAGUCGCUUACCACCCAAAAUACGAGCGCGUUUGGUGUCUGUCCUGCACUUUAUGACGAUCAAUACGGAUCGUGUUAUUGUCAAGGAAGGCGAUGUACCCAUACAUGUAUAUUUUAUAGUGUCCGGCGAGGUUGAAAUGAUUAAGUCAAGCUAUGAUAAGAUUACCAAAAAGGUAUCAAAAGUAACGGAAGCUAUAGUUGGUUCCGGUGAUUGGAUUGGUGAUGUUGAAAUACUAGAAGACUGCACCAGAAUCAAUACAUAUGUUACUAUGACCACUUGCGAGCUUUUAGCUAUAAGUACCAGCGAUUUUCUUGGAAUUUUAGGUGGUUUCGUCAAAAAGCAAUGGCUAGAAAAGAAAGCUGCGCUCAAGUCCUUAAGCUAUUUUGAUUUUCUUACUGAAGAUCAGAUUAUAAGAGCUUGCAAGAACGGGUAUCUCAUGCAAUAUGAUCCUUUACAGUCAAUUUAUUCCGAAGAAACCACUGGCAUAAACUAUGUGCAUUUUAUAUUAAGCGGCGAGUGUGUUAUACUACAGUGCCUCAAAAUGAAGGUAAUCAAGAAUGAAGGGCAGACUACAUUUGAAUUAUUGAAUGUGUCAAAUAAUCCACAAAGUCUAUUUCAAGCUAGUUCGAAAUCCUUAAAAAGUCAAAGAAUUGAUAUGCAGGGUCGUUAUAAUAUAUUAACGGAUUCAGUAUUUAAUUUACAAGAACUGUUGGCCACAUCAUCCGAAGCGGACAGAGAAGAGGCACUAGAACGCAAAAAAGCUAUGCGUAAAAUGGGCUUGCGUGAGAUCGAGAUUGCUUGUGGGCUUCUCAAUUCAAAACAGAAACCCAAGACUUAUCAUAAAUCCUUGCAAAAAUCUCAAUCAACAAUCCGUCGAACAAUACCUAUAUCCAAGCGAUCGGUAAUUGUCUAUGAAACUGAAGGCUUUGAAGAGGAUUAUUAUGAGCACUAUUUUGAUUAUAUCACUGAAGAGUUUAUGCUCGAAGAAGCUGACAAAUCCAGUGGAUCUUUUGAGGAAGUUCGACCAUUAUCUAUCCACUCCCGCAAAACCUCAGUGCGGAUAGAAUCCUUUGAUUCGUUAUACGAUAAGGAAUCUUCUGUGGAUAGCGAAAUAUCUGUAAUACCCUCAUCGCAUGGUGGCAGUCGACGUAAUUUUUCCGUACCCACAGAGGUUUUGCCUUUGGAGACUCACUUCAUUGAUGUGGGCUCGCUCACCUAUGGUGGCAUCUUUGGAUUGGGUGAAAAAAUGAUGCACCGCGUUAUUAUGGCACGCACUGUGGUACAGUGCCUUCUAUUGCCACGCUACUGGCUAAUGGAGGAGGAACAGAAUCCGGGCCAUAUAUGGCAACGACGCCGCUUCUAUUUGGAGACGAGCAUACCAUCCAGGGAAGAGCUUUUUGGCAAUUUCUUAAAGACCCGUCGCUGGGAGGAAUUUAAGCAUGAUUAUGUGCAGAGCACAUUAAAUCCAAAUAGCGUGAAUGAUACACAAUUGGAAGACAUACCAAUAAUCUCGCGCAUUGUAGAGACCACAGAUGAGGCCAAGAAAUAAGCUGAUUCGGUCAGUGAUUUCAAGAAAAAAUUUGUUGUAAUUUGUUUAAGUGUAAAUGAAUAAAUGACCAUAAGAUCGA